CCUGUUCAACAGCCUAUUCAACAGCCCGUUCAACAAUUUCAAUCUUCAUCCCAGCCUGUUCAACUGCCGCCCAUUCAACAAUUUCAAUCUUUACCCCAGCCCAUUCAACUGCCCUCUCAACCCAUCCAACCUCAACCACAAUCUCAACCACAACCUCAACCACAAUCUCAACUACAAUCUCAACCACAAUCUCAACUACAAUCUCAACCACAAUCUCAACCAGUUUCGCAACCAGUAUCAUAUGAAAUUCAAAGUUCAUCUGUCACUCCUG